GCCCCACCCCCCGCCCUCCCGCGAAGCGAGCUGAAAAACGAACUUAUAUGUCCGGGGCGCCAGUUUCGGAAAAUAUAACCUAACCUAACCUAAACCUAUUUCUGAUUUAAAGCUAAAAUAUACUCUGUCGUCCCAGAUAACAUAAUAUUCUAUGAAUAUUCUAUAUAGCUUCGAAUAUACUUCUUUGAGAAUAUUCUCAAAGAAAUCAUCCAUACACAUUUGUAGAAUAUCCUUGUUUAUAAAGAAUAGUCUAUAAAUCUGCCCACAACAUUUCAAAUAUCAGCAAUACGAAUAUAUCCUUUACAUAUUCUAUAAAUGUUCACAGAAUAUUUAAAUGUAUUGAAAAUGUAGAUGGCGUUCAGAAAGCACAGGAAAUACCAACUCAUAACCUAAUCUCUUUUUCGUUUCACUUUCACGUGGAACACUGGCGAAUUACCAUACAAAUUGGCGGCAAUUAAAUUAUUUUACGUGUUCGUAUAUAGUAUUCAUUUUGCAAGUGUUCAAGUACUAUUAAUCCAAAGGUAAGUUUAGAUUAAAAUUAAUAAGAAAAUUUCUUAGUAAAACUAAUAAAUAUUAUCAUUUUCUCACAUUAUAUGUCGGCUUAAUGAUAAAUUUUCUAACCUUGUCUGCACUCAUUUGGUUUUUUAGGUUUAGUCGAGUCGAAAUACAUUUUAUUACGAGCAAUACAUUAUAUUACGGAGUCUGUAUUUUAAAGUAAAGAGAAUAAUGAAACGUAGUAAAGCAACUUUUUAUAGAAAUGUCAAACGAGGAACCACAACAUGUUUAACAUUAUCGCAGGAAAAUUGUGAUAAUUCUAAAGAUGACUGUAUAACUAAUAACGAUUUAAUAACAAAAAAUAUAGAUUUCCAAUGUAGUACUACCUAUAAUAAAACAGACAAUUUUAAUUGUAAAGAUAGCUUUAAUAUUUUACAUGACUUAUAUAGCCAAUCCUCUGAUAACUCUGAUAAUAUUAUUGAAAGUGAUAUUCCAAUAUCACAGCAGAAUAUAGAACAUCAAAAUGUACAUCAAAAUAAUAAUUUUAUUAAUGGACUACGAUCAUGGACAAUAUCUUACAAUAUUUCACAUAACGCUUUACGAAGUUUAUUAAGUUUAUUAAAAUCAGAAACAAAUAUUUCUUUGCCUCAAGACCCCAGAACUUUACUUUGUACUCCUCAACAUAUAGUCUACAAAUCUGUAGAUUCUUGCAAGUAUGUACAUAUGGGAAUUCAAUUCGCUGUUGAAAAUUUACUUAAUUUGUUAGAGAAACGACCAAAGGAAAUAAAUUUAUUUAUUAAUAUUGAUGGUUUGCCUCUCAGCAAAAGUUCCAAUAGUCAGAUAUAUCCGAUAUUAUGCUCAAUAUCUGAAUAUCCUUGAUAUGUAUCUGUUAUAGGAAUAUAUCACGGUUAUAAAAAACCGAAUAAUGUCAAUAUGUUUUUACAAGACUUUACAGAAGAAGCUAUAAAGUUAUCAAAAGAUGGUUUUACUUAUAAUAAUCGUACUAUACCAUUUGCAAUUAAAGCAUUUAUUUGUGAUGCCCCAGCAAAAGCACUCAUUACUUUUUGCAAAAGCCACACUGGAUUUUUUGCAUGUACUAAGUGCAUGCAAAAAGGAAAAUAUAUAAAAGCCAGAGUGUGUUAUCCUAAAAUAGAUUAUUGUGAGAGAACGGAUGAAAAUUUCCGUAAUAGAAUGCAACCUGAACAUCAUACAGGAGCAUCAAUUUUAGAAAUAAUACCUUCCAUUAACAUGGUAAAAAGUUUUCCUCUAGACUACAUGCAUUUGAUAUGUCUUGGUGUAGUAAAAAAAUUAAUAAAUAUAUGGCUUUCUAGACCUAUUUCACAUAGAUUAUCAAAAACAAACGUACAACAUAUUUCAAGUUAUCUCAUUGAAAUAAGAUCUUGCAUUCCAUCGGAUUUUGUACGAAAGACUCGAUCUUUAGAUGAUGUUGCACGCUGGAAAGCAACUGAAUGCAGAUUAUUUUUAUUAUACUGUGGUCCAAUUGUUUUAAAAAAUAUCUUAUCAUCUGAAAAAUAUUUACAUUUUAUUUCUUUACACAUUGCUAUUAGAAUUUUAAUUAAUGCUAAUUUGUAUACAAAGUAUUUAGAAUACGCACACUCAUUAUUAAAAUAUUUUGUAAAGCAAUUUAAAGUCAUUUAUGGAACAGAAUACAUUUCACACAAUGUACAUGAAUUAAUUCAUGUUGUUGAUAACUGUAGAGUUUUUGGACCUUUAGAUCUUUACAGUGCGUUUCCUUUUGAAAAUUAUAUGCAAUAUUUAAAACGAUUAAUCCGAACAUCUCAUGAUCCAUUAGCGCAACUUGUUAAUCGUAUUCAUGAAUCUCAAAAUAUACUAAUAACUAAACCAUCAAAAGAAAUAAAAUUGCAAAUGGUACAAGAACAUCAUGUAGGACCUUUACCUACGGAACAUUUUUCUGCUCAAUUUAAAAAGUUGAUUAUUAAUAAUAUAUCUUUCAGUACACAUUUUGGAGAUAAUUGCUGUUAUUUAAAAGAUAAGAGUAUUGUAUUAAUAGAAAAUUUUGCUAUAAAAGAUAAUAAGUACUACUUCAUUGGAAAAAAAUUUAUCAAUGUAACAAGUUUUAUUUCUGAACCUUUUCAAUCUUCAAUGUUAGAUAUAUUUUUAGUACAUGUGCUCGGAGAAUUAUCAAUGUCAUUAAUAGAAGAUAUUGCAAACAAAAUGAUAAUUUUGCCACAUACUAAUAAUACUUAUGUUGUGCUUCCUCUUCUUCAUACAUUGUGUUAACAAUGAGAAUAUAGAUUAUAAAAUAUACAGAAAGAAUAUAAAAUAGUCAAACAAUACUUUGCCCAAUGGAGUGGACCGUAGUACAUUUUAUAGAAGAAGAUUUAGUCGAAGCUGUACCAGUAGCAUGGCUGCUGGAUGAUUUGUGUCAUUGGCCACCAUACAGGGGCAAAAAAUUAAUUCACGCUGUCGCUGUAUGUGAGAAACCAGUAUUUGGUUCAUGGCCAUUAUUUAAAAUUCGAAAAUUGGGAAAUGAAUGUACUUAUGAUACUUAAUAAAAGCAAGAGAAAAGGCAAGUAUAGCAGAAGACACAUCAGAUUUGACAUCAGAUAUUGAAGCAAAAAGAAUUCGGAAAAAGAAAAAAUAUCUUUAUGAUACAAACGAAUCACAAGAGGCGUUAAUUAAUGAAAGCCCAUCGGAUGAUGAAGUACAUUCAGCAAAUGUUCCUGUUCUACCUGAUUCUGACAACAAAAAUAUUUAGCAACAGGGGACCAAAUGCUAUCUGUGGCUCUAGCCUACAGAGUAGGAGAGUCCACAGCUCAUAUGAUCGUGAAAGAAACAUGCGCCGUUAUAGCAAAAGUUUUAAUGCCACUCUACAUGAAACCUCCCUUAGAAGAACAAUGGAAAGAGAUCUGCGCACAGUUUUUAGGUUUGUGGAAUUUGCCAAAUUGUGCCGGCGCGAUCGAUGGCAAACACAUAACCAUACAGGCACCUCCGAACUCUGGAUCUAUAUAUAUAAAUUAUAAGAAGACAUUUAGUAUAGUGCUGAUGGCCGCUUGUGAUGCCAGAUAUCGAUUUACAUUGUUUGAUGUGGGGGCAUAUGGCAGCGAUAGUGAUGGAGGAAUUUUGUCGCGAUCAGCUUUCGGAAAAGCUUUAUACGAAGGUACACUUAAUUUGCCAAGAGGAACAGCGCGUCUACCAGGAAGUGAUAAGGAAACGCCUUGCUAUUUUGUUGGCGACGAAGCCUUCAAAAUGUCGAUGAACCUCAUGCGACCUUAUCCAGGAAAGGCUUUAAAUGACCAGAAAAGAAUUUUCAAUUAUCGCCUGUCACAAGCCAGAAGAACAAUAGAGAAUACAUUUGGUAUCCUUGCAGCCAGAUGGAGGAUACUUCGAAGACCAAUUUCCGCUGGGCCAGACGUUGUCGACAAAUUUGUGCUAGCAGCAAUGUGUUUGCACAAUUUUUUAAAAGUAAAAAACGACGUAAAAAGCAGCAAAGAUAUUGCUCUCCUCAGUUUGUUGAUAGAGAGAUUGAAAGACAAAUAAUUGAAGGAGAAUGGCGCCAAGUAUCAGGGAAUGACCAUUUAAGACCCAUCGGAAGAUGUGGAGCACAUAGAGCUACGAGAGAAGCUUACUCAAUGCGAGAUACUCUUUCGUCAUACUUUAUGACAGCUGCUGGCAAAGUUCCAUGGCAAGACGAAUAUAUACAUCAAGGUCUACAUCAUGAUGCGAGUUGAAAUUCUGCCUUUUCUGCAUAUAUAUUUUUUAUAAGAUAAAAUAAAAUAUUUUUGUUAUUAUUAAAUUUGCCAUUGCCGUAUGAAUUAGUUUAAAUACCGAUUGUGCCAAAUAGUAACAAUACUAAUGUGUAUUAAGUUUUGAUACUUUGAUAAAUAAAUAACCUGGAGAUUUUUCAUAAAACA